AUGCCCUCGCCCUCCACCCUCUCAGGCUACACCGUCCUCAUCCUCUCCUUCCUCGUCGCUUCCGGUCCGCUCGACAUGGCCCAGCAGUGGGCAUCCCUCUCCUCCUCCCAGCGUCAGUCCCUCAAGCAGCAGUACAAUGAUGCCGGAAUCAGCGUCAUGGUCAGCGCUUUCGGCUCGACCGAGUCACCCACUACCGCAGGGGACGAUCCGACCCAGCUGGCGAAUACGAUGGCCCAAUUCGUGCUGGACAACGACCUAGACGGGAUCGACAUUGACUAUGAGGACUUUGCAGCGAUGAACGCAAUGGACGGCAGUGCAGAGAACUGGCUUACGACGUUUACCCAAACGCUGAGGCAGAAGCUGCCUCAAGGCCAGUACAUCCUCACCCAUGCUCCGGUCGCCCCAUGGUUCAUCGGCGCCCCGCGGUACAAGUCCGGCGCCUAUGCCCAAGUGGACAAGAAGGUCGGCUCCCUCAUUGACUGGUACAACGUCCAGUUCUACAACCAGGGUUCGUCCGAGUACACGACCUGCAGCGGGCUGCUGGACCAGUCGAGCUCUGCAUGGCCGGGCACAGCGUUGUUCCAGAUCGCCGCCGCGGGGGUAGAUCAGAACAAGCUGCUCAUAGGCAAAGUGGGCAAGCCGACGGACGCGACUAAUGGAGGAUAUAUAGACACCAAUACCCUCGCCGGGUGCGUUCAGCAGGCGCAGGCAAAGGGCUGGCAGGGGGGUGUGAUGGUAUGGGAGUUCCCGAGCGCGGAUAGUGCUUGGAUCACCAGUGUAAGGGCGCAGAGCUGGCCUGUGGGCUCAGGGUCGGGCGGGAAUGGAGGCGGGAACGGCGGUUCAGGCUCCAGCUCUAGCUCUUCGACCCCAACGAGCACCUCCAAGCACUCCCAUACUUCCGGUGCUGGCGGAACAACGAACGUCGGUUCCACCCCUUCCUCAUGCAACAACGUCCCCGCCUGGGACGCGAGCAGCAUCUACCUCGUCAACGACAGCGUGUCGUACAACGGGAUGACGUAUACUGCCAAGUGGUGGACGCAGGGUGACGUGCCGGACCAGAGUGGCCAAUGGGGGGUUUGGAAACCCGGGCAGAGCUGUUGA